AAUGUCAAAGUUGGGGUUCCUAUAGGGAGGGAAUCUUUGUGCUUAUGGGGUUUCCUUGGUUGGGGACUCUCUUGGGACCUUCCCUCUCGUCCCUCUCUUUCUAUCCCAACCUUUCUCUUGCUCCUCUAAUUCCUUGUGAGAUUCUUGAACUUUGAUUGAACUCUUGAGUUUGAGUUAAGUUCUCCUCCUACAGCUUACCCCCUAGUGCGUCGAAAGCCAUAGCGUCGCGGAUGCUUCAUCAAUCAACGUGAUUCAAAUUGGGAACGGUAGCUGAGAUUAAGAGCUACAACAUAUCCGAGUUUCGCGACAUUCCAACGGCUACUUUGGAUGGCUCCAACUAUGAGGAAUGGAGCGGACGGAUGAGGAGUGCCUUCAAACGCUACAAGCUACUAAAGAUUGCUGUUGGGGAAGAGAAGAUGCCGGAAGAAGGCGAAGCACGCGAACGGUGGAUUGAGAAAAACGCGGUGCUUUUCGACCUCAUCCUUCAAUCGGUCAACAAGGAGAUGUUCGAGCACAUCAAGGAUCUUGUGGAAGCGGAUGAUUCGGGGGAUGAUGUGAAGCCGGUCCUUGACAAGAUCAAGGACACCUAUGCAAGGAUGGCAGCAGCGGGCAGCAGUGUAUCUCAGCUGCAGCAGUGCACCAAGAUCAUCUCGGUGUUGGACAACUCUUGGGACAACCUCAUCCCCACCCUCAACUCUCAGCAAGAUCAAUGGACACCUGAGUGGCUAAGGCAGCAGAUUCUGCAGGAGGACUUCCGUAGACGCCAUGUGGGAGGCGGUGCUGCCACGAAGACUGCUGAGGGGUAUGGAGCUGCAGGGCGCGGCAAAGGAAGAGGGGGUUGGAGAGGCCGAGGCCGUGGGAGGAGCUUUGGCAGAGGUAGAGGCCGAGGUGACUAUAAUGAGGGGCAUGGGAGCUCCAGUGGCAGGGGGAGUACCAGAAUGGAGGGCACCUGCUGGUACUGCAAGAAGAUAGGGCAUCCUUGGUUCAACUGCAUCAAGGACCUGUGGCAGCUGCCCAUCAUCCCAUGGAAUGGGAAGACUCCAACAGCAGCAAUGGCAGCAGCGGCAAAGGCAACAGCAGGAGGAGAUGCAACUGCACCAACUGAUGGGGUCCUGGAAGCAGUCAAGAAAGUGCAGCAGCAGCAGACACAUGGUGAGGUGCUUGCUGGUGUGGAUGCGAGUGCGGCAUGGGCUAAGGCUUCAUCAAAGAGUGGAGAGGCCGAUUGGGAGACAUGGCAUGAGAGGCUGUGUCAUGUGAACUUCCCUAUGCUGCAGAAGUUGGUGAAGGAUGGGAGCCUGAAGGGCUUGGAGGUGAAAGGGGGAGUGAAGGAGAUUGGGAGCUGCCCUACAUGCUUGGAGACCAAGUUCUCCAAGUUCCCCUUCAAUAGCACUACAGGACCAGCCAAGGCCCCACUUGCACUUGUGCACAUGGAUGUGGUGGGGCCCACAAGAGCCCCUUCCCUCUCAGGCAGCCGCUAUUUCUUGACAAUUGUGGAUGACCACACUCGGGCAGAUGAGGUGCAGCAGCCUUCAAGACAGGUGGAGGUUGCAGUGUCAGAGGAGGAGAUGUCUGGGGUGACUGAGGAAGGGGGAGCAGCUGAAGUAGAGCAGCAGCAGCAGCAGCAGCAGCAGCAUGAGUCUCCACCUCGAGUUCCACACCCGCCUGAGCGUCCUAGGAGGGAUGUGCGCCCUCCAGUGAGGCUGACCUAUGGGGGAAGAGGCAAGCCGAAUGUGGUGCAGGCUGGGAGUGUGGUUGAGCAGAUUGAGGAAGAUGAGAUCGCUCACUGCUACUGGGCACCAAUCCCUGAGCCCAAGACUCGAGAGGAGGCUUUGAAUGGACCAAAUGGGGAGAAGUGGAAGGCGAGUGAGGAUGAGGAGUUCGGGUCCCUGAUUGAGAACGAGACAUGGGACCUGUUGAAAGCGGAUGGCACCAGCAUUGGGGGUUAUGUGUGCUUGCUAGGAGGUGGUGCUGUGAGCUGGCGCAGCAAGAAGCAGAAUGAGAUGGGAUUGUCCUCAUGUGAGACUGAGUACAUGGCCUUACACCAUGGGGCCAAGGAAGUAGUGUGGCUAAGGCGUUUGUUGGAGGAGUUGGGAGUUGGUCAGGAGGAGCCGACAGUUGUGUUUUGUGACAAUGAGUUCGCUGUGAAGCUCGCCAAGAAUGCUUGUCUGCAUGGGCUGACAAAACACAUAAGGCCUAAGUGGCAUUGGUGCGUCGAAAGCCAUAGCGUCGCGGAUGCUUCAUCAAUCAACGUGAUUCAAAUUGGGAACGGUAGCUGAGAUUAAGAGCUACAACAUAUCCGAGUUUCGCGACAUUCCAACGGCUAGUUUUUCCUUGACGUCGU